UCAACGAAAGAGAGGUUAGAUAGAAGACUUGCAAACUAAGGUAAAGAUAUUGAACAACCAUGGGAAGAGCACCUUGUUGUGACAAAGCAAACGUGAAGAAGGGUCCAUGGUCUCCUGAAGAAGACGCUACACUCAAAGAUUAUAUCGAAAAAUAUGGCACCGGUGGUAACUGGAUCGCUCUUCCUCAAAAGAUCGGCAUAAAGAGGUGUGGAAAAAGUUGUAGGCUCAGAUGGUUAAAUUACCUAAGACCUAACAUCAAGCAUGGAGGAUUCUCUGAAGAAGAAGACAAUAUCAUCUGCAGCCUCUAUAUUAGUAUUGGUAGCAGGUGGUCCAUAAUCGCGGCGCAACUUCCUGGAAGAACUGAUAAUGAUAUCAAGAACUACUGGAACACAAGAUUGAAGAAGAAGUUGCUCGGAAGGCGUAAACAGUCUCAUGCUAGUAGGAUACCUGGUUCAACCCAGGAUCCCAAAAAUGGGAAUGGAGUGGAAACUUUAAGUAAUUCUGCCAUUGAAAGGCUCCAACUUCAUAUGCAACUCCAAAGCCUUGAAAACCCUAAUAUGUCACAACGUGCUAACAUGUCCUUGUGGCCUUGCAAGUUGAACCCAAUUCAAGAAAAGAUGAUGCAAAGUUUACAGCUUUUAAAUGAAUCAUCUAAUUACCCUCUAAUGAUGCAACAUGUUUUUCCUGAUUCCCCUCAAAAGGUUCAGCUCUAUGGACCAUCUAACAACCACCUUCAACAAGUGUACUCCCUACCUAAUAAUAUGUUGAUCAACCAAGUAGACAAUCCCAUCAAUGGAAUCAAUGUUGGGUCAUCUACACUACCGGAAACCAAUGGUGUAAAACAGCCAAGUGUCGAUUUCCAGCAGUUUAUGGCAUUUCAAGCUGAAAUCGACCAGUUCUUGAGCAACAAAGGAGCGAACUCCGAAUCGAUAGAUCAGGCACAGGUGAACGAGUUUGAACUUUUCAAGGACAUGGAUGGUGCCAAGGACAUGAUGACUUGGUGGUCUAAUGAGUUCGAUGCGAAUUCGGCUUCGUCAAACUCGUGGGACUCAAAUGGUAUCCUUGAUCACCAGAAAUGAGAAAUGAAGUACUCGAGUUAGUGCAAGGCUUCGUGUAGAGUACGAUGAAAACUAAAACAAGUACGAGGUAUUUAUCUUUGUUAAUGUUUAUUCAUAUAUAGUUAUCAUGAUAAAAUUGGAGGCGAUGGAGAGGACUGAUCGACGAUGUUGUAAAUUUGUGUAAUAACGCUGUCUUUCUGGUUGUUCUAUCAAUAUCUACGUAAAGAAAAACUAUUCCCCUUUUGUUAAAAUUUUAGAUUGUAUUUCUGUGUUUAUUAUUUGUU